AUGACAUCUUUCAAACCAAAAUUCAGCAACAACGAGGUGGUCAGAGAUGCUGCCUAUGUGAAUGGCCAAUGGGUCAAGAAAACCGACAAAUUUUUCGAAGUGACGGACCCUGCCAGCGGAGAAGUUAUCAAGAAAUUGCCAGAACAAGAUGUGGCUAUUGUGGACGAGGCCAUUGAUGCUGCAUACGAGGCUUUCAAAACUUUCAAAAAUACCCCGGGCAGACAAAGAUCCACCUGGCUCAGAAACAUGUACAACUUGAUGAUGGAAAACGUGGAAGAUCUAGGGAAACUGCUCAGCUGGGAAAACGGUAAACCUUUGGCCGAAGGAAUCGGAGAGGUCAAGUACGCGGCGUCAUUUUUUGAAUGGUACGCCGAAGAAGCUCCCCGUUUGUACGGCACAGCAAUCAACCCCGGUAUCCCAUCAAACAGGGCCUUCACCCGUCGUGAACCCGUUGGUGUGUGCGGUAUUAUCACUCCCUGGAACUUCCCCAGCGCCAUGAUCACCAGAAAGGCUGCUGCCGCUAUCGCCGCCGGUUGCACCGUGGUGUUGAAACCAGACUCUCAAACUCCGUUGUCCGCUUUAGCACUAGCAUAUCUGGCCGAAAAAGCAGGCAUACCAGCCGGUGUUUUCAACAUCGUCCUAACCCACAAUCACACUCCAGAAUUCGGCUUGAGAUUGUGCGAGUCGCCAAAAGUCAAAAAAGUCUCGUUCACGGGCUCUACCAAUGUGGGUAAGAUCUUGAUGAAACAGUCUGCAUCUACUCUCAAGAAGCUGUCGUUUGAGUUGGGUGGUAACGCCCCAUUGAUUGUUUUUGACGAUGCCGAUCUUGAUAAGGCCGUGGACCAGGCAAUCGCUUCUAAAUUCAGAGGUUUGGGUCAAACAUGCAUUUGCGCAAACAGACUGUACGCUCACGAAAGCAUUAUUGAUGAAUUUUCGUCGAAACUAGCUUCCAAAGUGCAACAAUUUGUUAUCGGCCACGGGCUCAAAGAAGGUGUGACGCACGGGCCCAUGAUCAACCCCAAGGCAAUCGAGAAAGUCGAGGCACACGUCCAGGAUGCCAUCAAAAAAGGUGCCAAAGUUCUUAUUGAAGGUGGUCGUAAACCAGAUUUGGGACCUUCCUUUUACGCUCCCACCGUUUUGACUCGGGUUCCUCAAGAGGCCAACGUCAGCUCUCAGGAAACAUUUGGUCCUCUAUGUGCCAUAAUCCCCUUCAAAAGCACAGAAGAAGUGGUCAAGUACGCCAACGAUAGCGACGUCGGUUUAGCAGCUUAUGUCUUUGCCAAAAACGUGGACACCAUUUUCACAGUUUCAGAGGCUUUAGAGGCCGGUAUGGUCUCGGUCAACACAGGGGUAUUCAGUGAUUGCACGGUACCCUUUGGGGGUGUCAAGGAGUCUGGGUUCGGUAGAGAGGGCUCAUUACACGGUUUGGAGGACUAUACUAUCAUCAAGACUACUAUCAUCGGUGGUUUGCCCAAUCGUUUGUGA